AUGGCUCCCGUGGAAAAGGCAGUGAAUGCGGUAAAAACCAAGCCCGCUGCACCCAAACCAGCGAAGAAUGUGCUGCGCGGAAAGAAUCCCGUGAAGAAGAAGCGUGAGCAUCUUCGAUAUGGCAUCGACUGCACCAACAUUGCCGAGGACAACAUCAUGGAUGUUGCAGACUUUGAAAAGUAUCUGAAGGAACGCUUCAAGGUGAACGGUAAGACCGGCAACUUGGGCAACAACGUUACCUUCGAGCGCCAGAAAAUGAAGGUGUUCGUCAAUUCGGAUGUGCACUUCUCCAAACGCUAUCUCAAGUACUUGACCAGGAAGUAUUUGAAAAAGAACAGUCUGCGCGACUGGAUCCGUGUGGUGUCCAACGACAAGGAUGUUUACGAGCUGAGGUACUUCCGCAUCAGCUCGAAUGACGACGACGAGGAGGAGAAUGAGUGAACCGCGAAGUUGAAGCGAUGAAGUGAUUGGUGAAAUAUUCUGUAAAUCCAUUUACGUGAAAACCAAU